AUGACAGCUUCGGAACAUUCAGCUUUUCGUUUUUGUCGACGAAUACGAGGACAAGGCUUGGCUUCUGAACAGCAAGACCAUCCUCCUAAUUCUAACAGUAGCAAAAGUGACCUUCUUGGACGACAAGAACCUCAAGGGAGGCGAGUCGUGCGGAAAAACACACCGAUUAUUUCGAGGAAGAAACCAGAACAACAUCAAGCGAACAAUCACGUUCAGGGACCAGGAACUCCUGCAUUCGCACCGGCGGAUGAUAGUCUCCAGUUAGAUCAUGAUGCUGAUUGCGGAGAGAUGGAUAUGGGUGAUCAAGAAAGCGAGAUUAGUUUGCUCGAUGCCGCUACGUCCGCAGCGGAACAAAACCAAAUGAACAAGAAAAAUAUGAACAACCACAAGCAACAUGAAACGUCGGUUGUAUCAUCGUACAUGUCCUCUCCCG